AGUGGAACCCCGUUGAUGGGGUAAUAAUGGUGGAGAAAUCCAAAUCCAAAUCCGAUUCCACGAUGCCGUCUUCCAAAUUCACAACUCAAUUCAAUCUUUCCAAAUGCACUCUCAAUAAUGGGAAUUCACUAGAAGUCGCCGGUGAUACCGAAUUGAACUUCUGGCCACCAUCUACGGCGGUGGUUGAUAGAUUGAUACUUGAACUGAAAGCUAAGGAUGGCGAUACGGAAGCGAAUUGGGAGAAGAUAAUGGUCGAUUUCAAGAAAGAGCUUGAUGCGGAGGAACAAUUCAAACCGCCGUUGUUGGUUUCUGAUGUAAUCAAUAAUAGCGGUGGUGGUGAUGAUGGAAUGGAGAAGGGAGUUAGCGCUAGGGCAAAGUUCUCAGUUCCGCUUUCACGUCGGGAGAUGGAGAAGGACUUCGAGGACAUGGGGGAGCGGCGGCUGCCUCGGAAGCCGAAGAAGCGGCCUAAAUCCCUACAAAAUCAAUUGGAUACUCUAUUUCCAGGCUUGUGGUUAACCGAGAUAAAUGCAGACCUUUAUAGAGUUUCUGAUACUAAAAAGCAGAGAUAGCGAAUGCAAUAGUGCCCUGGAAAUUUGAAGGAUUUUUCUCUCUAAUUGUUGACAAUUGCGAAAUAUAGUGGUAUAGUUCAGUAUAACUGGGAAACAUCAGAUGUAAGUAUCUUUUAGCACUAGGCAGCUAAAUUUUCUUGUUUAUACUUUAGAAUCAUACUUCUAUAUGCCAUCUCUUUUCUUAUAUUCACAGAAGGCGUCUAUACUAGAUGGAAUAGAUGUCAAUUGCACUUACCAUAUAUCUUGCAUUCUAUCUUAUUUUCUUCUCAUGUUCCAAAACUGGUCAAAAUCACAGAACUUCAAAGUUCUGACACCACUUCACGCCUCAGAAAAUGCUGUUCUUACAGAUUUAAGGGUGCUUUGGCAUCUUCUUAACCCAAAAGGCCUGAGGAGAGCGAAUGUUUCUUUUUUAAAGUCUAUUUACAGGAACAGAUCAACUGGAGACAAAUUGUGGGCUGUAGCUCAUAGAUUGUUGUAGAUUUCUAACCUGAAUUGCUUGUAGGCUUCACUUUCCUCUGCUCUGUCUUCAAAUGUCUACCCGUUAUUUAUCCUCUGUUGCUGAGGUUGCAUAUAUACUCGUCGUUAUAAUCUUGAAUGCUGAGAAUACUGAGAUACGCGCUUCGAUACUAUGAUAUUUAUUCCUUUUUUCUUGGUUAUCAGUAAUUACUUUCUUGAAUUCAAGCAUUUCCUAAACGUACUUGGGCUCUAAGCAAUGGAUGUUCACUCAAAUGGUUGUUUCAAAUUAGUGUUUUCAACCAAGGAUGGCUGUAGUUCAUUCUGAAUUCUAGGACCCUGUGUCUCACUGAAACUAUGCAGAAUACUAAAAUUUAAGUUACGAAGAUUGAGAGAAUAUGCGAAUUUAAUAGCAAGUUGAAAAAGUUUUCUACUUCUUUAGCACCUAAAACAUAUACUACACAAAACUAGACUAUCACUCACUAUGUCUACUUAUUUAGAAAAGGCUCAUAUGCCCCUGGAUAUCUGGUGACAAAAUCAUGAACAUGCAUUGCUGUUAAUUGUUAUAGCAUAAAACCUGGAAAACCACCAUCUCCAAUAUCGUUCUUUGUUUUACACAAAUGAUUUCAUAGAAUUCCCAGAUUAGAAUGUUCGGUUAAGAGCAUUCUUUUGUUUUAAAGUAUAUAAUAUUUAUAUACGGCAAAUGCAACAAAUAAACUCAAACACCCUCCUCAACUUUGGUGAGAUUCUGAACCCCUGACCUCCUUGGAGGCCAAAGGCUACGAUACUGCGAGGCUAAAGGCCCUUUGGUAGGGGUUAAGAGCAUUCUUGUAAUAUGCUAAAAAGAUUUGGCCUAUCAUCUCUUAUAUCUUAACAUCAUUACUUCCUUCCAAAAC